AUGACACAGACGCAAUCACCACCCAUAGCGUCUCCCCCGCUAGAUCUCAGCAAUAAACUACCGAAGCUUGUUCCUCGUAGACGCGCCCCCACAGCCCGCGAUCCGCCGUCUGCCCCUCCCCCGCCAACACCUUCCCUUCCAGCGCCACCACACCUCGGAAAGCAUGAUUACCUAAAGCCGUCAAGGAGGAUUCUGAGUCCAGAGGACCAUCAGUUGUUCCUAAAGAGCGAGACAUGUACACUCGUUGAGGCAUUCAUAUACACGAUUGCGGACUCGGUGCGCGAUCGAUCCAUCUCCAGCAUAAAGGAUGGGGAGGCCACAGAUACAGUGAAGACGGUAGUGAAGAUACUGGGACAGGCAGAGGAGGUGCUGGAAAGAUGUCCACCAGAAGACACAGGCUCGCGCUUCGGAAACCCAGUCUUCAGAACCUUCCUCGAUGAGGUUGAGUCCGCUUUGCCAACAUGGCACACCUCCCUUGGCCUCACAGAGAAGGCGCAGGUGGAUGAAAUCUCAACAUACCUACACUACUCGUUCGGGAACAAGCAGCGCAUAGACUAUGGUUCGGGACACGAGCUGAACUUCUUCCUUUGGCUACUAUGUCUCAACCGGCUGGGCCUCCUACCUCCCUCGACUUUCCCCGCGCUCGCUUUUGUCGUCCUCCCCGCAUACCUCCGCCUAAUGCGCAAGAUACAGGAAUCGUACUACCUCGAGCCCGCGGGUUCUCACGGCGUGUGGGGCCUGGACGACUACCAGUUCCUGCCCUUCCUGUUUGGCGCAGCGCAGCUCUUACACCAUCCGUAUAUCACGCCAAAGAGCAUACACAAUGCCUUGGUGCUCGAAGAAGAGGGCAAGGAGUACUUGUAUCUCGAUCAGAUUGCGUUUGUGAACAGCGUCAAGAACGUCGAGGGUCUGCGGUGGCACAGUCCGAUGCUAGACGAUAUCAGUGCGGCGAAGAAUUGGGGCAAGAUUGAGGGCGGGAUGAGGAAGAUGUUUCGCAAGGAGAUACUCGAGAAACUGCCCGUCAUGCAACACUUUUUGUUUGGCAGCUUGAUACCGGCGGUCGAGGGCAUGAGUACGGAGGAGGAAGCGGGCGUAGACCCCGAGGAGGAGGAAGCUGAGGGCGGCGAAGUCAAGGUUUUCGAUGAUGAAGCGGGCAAGAGACACGUACACGCAAACGCCGGCUGGGGGGAUUGCUGUGGUAUCCGCGUGCCGGCAGCAGUGGGCGCAGAAGGAGAGGCGAGAAAGGGGGGCGCGAAACAACUAAGAAGAGUGCCAUUUGAUUGA